AUGCUGCGGACAUCCUUUCAGGAUGAGAGAGGAGAGCUUUUUGAAGCCUGUGCCCCGUACCAGGCAGAAGAUGAUGGUGAGCUGGACCUUGCCCACUGUCCCACGCUGCCGGGGGGCAGUUUCUCCGGCCUGGAGCCCAUGGGGCUGCUCUGGGCUCUGCAGCCCCAGAAACCCUUCAAGCGGCUGGUAAAGCGGGACAUGCGGACCCCACUGCAUCUGCUCCUAGAGGUGUUUGAGGGCCACGGGCCUCUGCCUGGGCAGCUCCUGGCGCAGGCACAGCACGAGCGAGUGUUCCUGUGGGAUGGAGUGCAGAGAGUCCCUGUGCGAGAGGGGAAGAUCCGGGCGACGCUUUUCCUGCCUCCCAGAGAAGCACCCUUUCCAGGGAUUACUGACAUACAUGGACUUGAAAGAGGUCUUUUUGAACACAGAGCCAGCCUCCUGGCCAACCAUGGCUUUGCCACACUGGCCCUGGCAUAUUACCAAUAUGAGGAUCUACCCCAGGACCCAACUAAAUUCCACCUGGAAUACUUUGAAGAGGCAGUGAACUACAUGCUGUGGCACUCACAGGUAAAGGGACCAAGGCUUGGCUUGCUCGGAUACUCCAAAGGAGGAGAACUGUCUCUCGCCAUGGCUGCCUUCCUGAAGAAUAUCACAGCUGUUGCUUCUAUCAAUGGUCCAGUGGCCACUACAUUUAUUCCUCUCUGUUACAAGGAUAAAAUCAUCCCCACUCUGCCUGUAGAUGAAAAGCGUGUCCAAGUCAAUCAGUCCAAUAUUCUUGAUUGUUCUAACAUCGUUACUGACCCCUUCCAAGCUCCUGGCCAGCAAAGCCUGAUCCCACUGGAGAAAGCCGAGGCAAAUAUACUGUUCAUCACCAGAGAAGAUGAUCAUUUUGUUAAAAGUGAAUAUUCUAUUGAAACUUGCAAACGUUUGAAGGCUCAAGGGAAAGAAAAUUUUCACAUUCUCUCCUACUCUGGAACAGGGCACUGCUUUUACCCUCCCUUUUUCUCUUUGUACCUUAUAGGAAAGCAUCCGAUUUUUCACAAGUGGGCAGUCCUGGGUGGAGAGCUCAAGGCUAAUUCUAAAGCAUAG